AUGGAGAUGACAAUGUUGAUGCUAAAGGAAAGCGGCCUUCUCAAUUCGUUCUGGAUAGAAGCAAUCUACACAGUUGUGUACAUCUUAAAUGAGUGUCUUGGGAGAAAGAGACUAUUGAAAAGAAUCCCAAUUUUGAGGGCAAGUAACGCAACCGAUCCCUUUGGCACUCUAACGGGGAGCUCCGAGAACGGUAGAACUUCAACUGGUGUCUUUGGUGCUACUCAACCCUCUUCGCCUUUUUCUACUGUGCCUGUCUUCGGUGCUUCAUCUUCACCAUCUUUUGGAACUUCAACACCCGCUUCUGGUGCAUCGUCAACUCUUGCUUUGGGAAGCUCUUCCUCAAUUUUUGGUGGAUCUUCUCUUUUUGGACAAAAUCCUGCUUUUGGUGGGUUUGGUUCGACUACUCCAACAAGUCCUCUUAGAAGCACAAGGCAGCAAACACAGCCGGCAUUUAGGAGCAGUGUUCUUGUUUCCUCCCUAACCUCCGGUGCAUCAGCUUUUGAGCAAUCAUCUGGCGGUCCUUUGGGAUCCAAUCAGUCUUUGGGCAGGCAAGUAACUCAACCAAUCCUUUUGCCCCAAAACAUUUUGGUAACCCAAACCCUUUUGGCACUCAAAUGGGGAGCUCCAUGUUUGGUGGAACUUCAACUGGUGUUUUUGGUGCUACUCAACCCUCUUCGCCUUUUUCUACUACGUCUGCCUUUGGUGCUUCAUCUUCACCAUCUUUGGAACUUCAACACCGCUUCUGGUGCAUCAUCAACUCCCGCUUUUGGGAGCUCUUCCUCAGCUUUUGGUGAUCAUGGGACAAGUUGAAGUAUGUUGGAUUUAUCCCAUAAGUCGGAGUUAGUUGAGAGGCGAGAGUGACAGUAGUUGGUCUGCCAUUCAAAGGGAGCAGAAACCAAAAGGCAAGCAGCAGAAGCCAAAGGCAAGCAGCUUAAGUUAUGUUUCUUUUGGAGAAAGGUGAACUAGUGGGUUUGGAGAUGCCACAUUUGAAUCGGCCGGAUUUAUCAAAUUUAAAGUGCAAUUAGGAUCUUCUAGGAA